GUGGCUCUUGUUUUACUUUUUCCCUUCCCCGCGGCACUUGCUUAGCUUGCAUUCUAACCUUUUGGAGAGCAAAUGAAUGUUGGGGGACAGAAAAUGGGUCCCACUGCAGAGCCUUUCUAUGGCUGCAGCUGGAUGGUAACAGCUACUGAUGGUGAAAGCCUGUUCUUUGUUAAUUGUUAAUAAUAUUGUCUCUUCUCCCUUCUUUUUUUUUUAUUGUUAGACGAUGUUGAGGUCAGACAUAUGAUCUGGUGUAGUAGGAAAGACGAGAGAGUGAGUGAGUAGCAAUCAUCCCAAUCACUCUCUUUUAUAGUUGUUGGUUGUAAGGGACUCUUUGUCUUAAAAAAAUAACCAUUUUAGUGAAUUUUGGGUGGAACUGAUUUUUAGUUGCUGAUUCCAUAAUUGUGUUGCUCAACCAUAAUAAUGAACCCACUUGGUCCUAAUUUAUCUAAUUUAACCAUGGCGUGGUAGCCUUAAGCUUAUCAGGAAGGUGGAGAUCUGGAGAGUUGAGCUAACUGUCAACAAGACCACUAUCCCAGCUGCAACUCGCCUUGGAUUGUAUUCACUCACUAUAUUCUAAUCAGGGGACACUUCAAUUCUGCUCUAUAACAGAAAAUAGAUAGAUCUGCUGCAAUGUGAAUGUGGGUUAUAAGAAUCUGAAUCCACCCAAAACAGAAACAAAUCAAGCCUGGACUGUGGAGAUCUGAUCUGACACCAUGGAUGGCAAUGGCAAUGGGAAUGGGCAUGCGGUGAACGAAAGGAGUGGGGAAGAGAAUGGCGGUGCUCAGUGUCAAUCAGUGAAAGUUGGAUUGCACAUUAGGCCUCUUAUAAGUUCAGAGCGUCAGCAGGGAUGCAACGACUGCAUAGCUGUAGUUCCAGGCAAACCUCAAGUGCAAAUCGGUACUCAUUCAUUUACAUUUGAUCACGUGUAUGGCAGCACUGGCUCUCCUUCGUCAAUGAUUUUUGGAGAAUGUGUUGCUCCACUUGUUGAUGGUUUAUUCCAAGGUUAUAAUGCCACAGUUCUUGCAUAUGGGCAGACUGGUUCUGGCAAGACAUACACCAUGGGCACUGGUUAUGCAGAAGGUGAGGAGACAGGAAUUAUUCCUCAAGUUAUGGAGGCAAUAUUCAAAAAAAUUGAAACAUUGAAAAAUCAAGCGGAAUUUCAGUUAAGAGUUUCAUUCAUUGAGAUUCUGAAAGAAGAGGUGCACGACUUACUUGAUACUAGCCCUUCCUCUGCUCUAAAGGCAGAUGCAAUCAAUGGUCUCGGAGGAAAGACAGCAAUGCCUGGAAAGGCACCCAUACAAAUUCGGGAGACAUCAAAUGGGGUCAUAACACUUGCAGGUUCAACAGAGGUAGAUGUGACAACUCAAAAAGAAAUGGCUGCAUGUCUGGCACAAGGUUCAUUGGCUCGAGCAACUGGAAGCACAAACAUGAAUUCUCAGUCCAGUCGUUCACAUGCCAUCUUCACAAUCACCAUAGAGCAGAUGCGGAAAUGGGAUGCAGUUUUAACAGGAGAAACAGGUUCAACAGAAGAUGGAGGAGAAGAUUUUUUAUGUGCAAAGCUUCACUUAGUAGAUCUUGCUGGAUCGGAGAGAGCUAAGAGGACUGGUGCUGAUGGUCUUCGUUUAAAAGAAGGUAUUCACAUUAACAAGGGACUGCUAGCACUUGGGAAUGUUAUCAGUGCACUUGGAGACGAAAAGAAGCGCAAAGAAGGAGUUCAUGUUCCUUAUAGAGACAGUAAACUGACUCGCCUCUUGCAGGAUUCUCUAGGGGGGAACAGCAGAACUGUGAUGAUAGCUUGCGUCAGUCCAGCAGAUAUAAAUGCAGAGGAAACUCUCAACACUCUUAAGUAUGCUAAUCGGGCUCGUAAUAUUCAGAAUAAGCCAAUUGUAAAUCGUGAUCCAAUGACCAAUGAAAUUCAACGAAUGCGUCAACAACUUGAAUAUUUGCAAUCUGAACUGCUUUGUGCUCGUGCUGGUGGAGGUGUUCCAUCUAAUGAAGCACAGGUAUUAAAGCAAAAGAUAUCAUGGCUCGAAGCUAGCAAUGCAGAACUGUACCGGGAACUUCAGGAGUGUCGUAAUAAAUCUUUGAUUCUAGCACAGCAUGCCAUGGAAGCUGAGGUUGAAAGAAGUAAAUUAAGUCUAAAACUCGAAUUAUUGCGCAAUGGAAAAUCAUGGAAAGAAAUAGAUGAUAUCAAUGAUGUCAAGGUCACAGAUUUGCCAAAAAGUUGCUUACCAAAGAUACACUAUUUAGAAACUGAAAUCCAGAAUUUGCAAUCAAUCGAUUCUCUCGCAGUUGACUCUGCCUCUUUUGUUGGAUUAGAAAGUAACAGGUUGGUGUCAUCCGAUAGACAUUUCACAGAUGGUCCACAGCUCAUGGAAAUAGGGAGGAUGAUUUUAGGCCCGGUGGCAGGUGAAGAAUCCAGGGAAGUUGAAGAAGAAGUGGCAAAAGAGUGGGAACAUAAUUUGCUACAAGAUACAAUGGAUAAGGAGCUACAUGAACUUAAUAAACGGUUGGAACAGAAAGAGACGGAGAUGAAACUGUUUGGUAAAGUUGAUACUGCAGUUCUCAAGCAGCAUUUUGGCAAAAAGCUUAUGGAACUUGAAGAGGAGAAAAAGACUGUACAGAAGGAGAGAGACCGUUUGCUGGCAGAGGUUGAGAGCCUUGCUAACACAACUGAUGGACAGACUCAAAAGAUGCAGGAAGUUUAUUUGCAAAAAUUGAAAAUGCUUGAGACACAGAUCUCAGAUUUAAGGAAAAAGCAAGAAAAUCAAGUUCAACUAAUAAAGCAAAAACAAAGAAGUGAUGAAGCAGCAAAGCGCUUGCAGGAAGAAAUACAAUUUAUCAAGGCACAAAAGGUUCAGCUGCAAAAUAAGAUAAAGCAAGAGGCUGAGCAAUUUCGAUGUUGGAAAGCAUCCCGUGAGAAGGAGCUUCUUCAGCUUCGCAAGGAGGGGAGAAGAAAUGAAUAUGAGAUGCAUAAACUGCAAGCUUUGAAUCAACGACAAAAGUUGGUUCUCCAACGGAAAACUGAAGAGGCUUCGAUGGCUACCAAAAGGUUGAAAGAGUUGUUGGAAGGCCGCAAAUCUUCACCCCGUGAAAAUUUGGGUCAUGCAAAUGGAAAUGCUUCUGUUAUUCAGAGUAAUGAUAAAGCGUUGCAAAGAUGCCUAGAACAUGAGCUGGAAGUUAUAGUUCAUGUGCAUGAGGUUCGUACAGAGUAUCAAAAACAAACUGAAAUGAGAGCUGCUAUCGCAAAAGAACUCACCAAAAUAAAGCAGGAAGAUGAAAUAAUGCAAAAGGGUCUUUCCCCUCAACAUUGGAAAAAUGGCAGCCCAGUCAGUUCUUCUACACUCAGCAUGUCUCCAAAUGCAAGGAAUGCAAGGAUUGGAUUGCUUGAAAGCAUGUUGAAUGCCUCUUCUAGUACACUUGUAGCAAUGGCAUCACAACUUUCGGAAGCAGAAGAACGUGAGCGGGCUUUUAUUGGGCGUGGUCGGUGGAAUCAACUACGAACUAUGGGUGAUGCAAAAAGCUUACUUCAAUAUUUGUUUAAUACUGCUGCAUGUGCAAGAUGCCAAUUGUGGGACAAAGACAUUGACAAACGGGAGAUGAAAGAAACAAUUACCGAACUUGGUAACUUAUUAAGGCAAAGUGAAUUUCAGAGGAAGGAGAUUGAGAAGCAGCAACGUCUAAGAGAGCAGGCUGUUGCCAUUGCUCUGGCUACAGCAUCUUCGGUUGGUUCACAUGCUGCAAUAAAGAAUGUAGCAGAGGAGAAUUCAGGGCACAGUUCUGUAGGUUCCAUUUCAUCAAAGCGGCUACAAUAUACAGCUAACCUUUCAAGUAAAAGAAAUAGCAAUAUCUCUUUUGAAAUGCGCAAGGCUGUUUCUAUGGGUCCAGUUGGAGGCGCAAAAAUAGCAGGUGGACAAACAGGCAAACUCUGGAGGUGGAAAAGAAGCCAUCAGCAAUGGAUGCUUCAGUUCAAAUGGAAGUGGCAGAAGCCAUGGAGACUAUCAGAAUGGAUUAGGCACAAUGAUGAAACCAUGACGCGGGUGAGGCCAAGAGGGCAUACAUUACUUGAUAUGGCUUGAUAGAAGCGGAAGCAAAAAAGGGCUUUACAGUGGGUGUUUGUCUAUGUGUUCUGGAUGGGACUAUUACUUAAGGAUUGCAAGAAAAACUGCUAGGUCAUGUGUUGCAGGUUUAGUUGGAAUCAAAAGCAUAAGGAAGAUGGACAAAGCAUAACAGAAAUGGCUCUGGCUCCAGAAUGAUGCUUUCAACAGUGGUAUCAAGGGAACACGGGUACAACAAUGGAAAUGAUAGCAGCAGACAUUGAUUCAGUUGUAUCAGUUGCUUCCGAUUCUAACCUCACCCUCCUGAAGUGGUGUGUAAUACUAGUUGUGAAAUAAAUCACCAUAAAAACUGCUAUUUGGUCUGCUUUGGACAAGUGCGUUUGCAAAGUCUAUGUCAAUGGAUGGAGAAAACCGACCAGAUUGUGCUUGUAAAAUGCUCCUAUUCUGCUCAGGUUGCUGAAGGUAUGCAAACAGUGCAAGUUGUACCUGUGAAUUGUUUCUCUUUAGCAUGGUGGUGAAACCACGUUUGGCAGAGUUAUCAAAGGGUGUUCUUAGGCAAAGCGCCGAGGAACGACUAAAGAGACAAAGCGAGAUGUAACCGAUCACAUCUCAAUUUAAACUUAGCUUUCUGUAAAUUGGGUAUGGUUUACACUAGUCCAUUUUAGAUUUUUAGUUUGUCACUAUGUUUCCUACGAUUGAAACAAUUCUUUUGUAAGCAUUUUAUUUUUCAUCUCCUUGAAAAAGCAUUGGCUGAAUUGUACUUCUAUCAUGUACAUUGAUUUUGGGGAAAUGUCAAAGGUUAUUCUCAUUGUAUUGAUUGCUAUUUA